UGGAAAUUCCUCACUACUACUGUAUUUAAAUCUGUGUUGAACGUGUACUACGCAUUAGUCCUUGUACUUUGCACUUUUAGGUUACCACUUCCAUUAAAGGAAACAAGUACAGUGACAAGUCAAAUGAUACCACAACUAAAAAAUGGCUGAAGGAAAAAUUUCUCAGUUACUCAACAAUCUGGAUGAAAAGGUAAUGGAAUGUGCUAUUUGUUUAAAACGACUUCAAAAACCAACAACAUUGGCAUGCCUUCAUACCUUCUGCUUAUCAUGUCUUCAAGAUUGGGUUAAACAAAAAGAUGCACUGAUCUGCCCUACUUGCUCGCAACCAUAUACCAUUCCGAAGGGUGGACUUCAAAAGCUACCACCAAAUACAUUCAUCAAUAACCUACUAGAAAGUAUUGAACAGCUUGAGAAGGAAGACAAAACCAAGUGCUUAUGUGGUAAAUAUUAUGCUCAAUUCUACUGUCAGGAUUGCAGAAAUCAUUUGUGUUCUUCUUGCAAAGAUCAGCAUAAAAUAUUUCCUCAAUUAAGAGAUCAUGUGAUUCAUUCAAUUGAAGAUGUCAAGUCAAUGACACCGCUUGAGCUUUCGUCUUUGAAUUCGCCACGUUGUUCACUCCACAAAGACAAAACUCUGGAGUUCUAUUGCAAAGUUUGUGUAACUCCCAUUUGUACAAACUGUGCAAUCACAGAACACAAUGAACACAAACCUGUUGAUAUUACUGAUGCUUUCAAUGAAUUUAAAGAAAUUACAGUUCAUUUAAAACAGAAUGUUGAGGAAUUCAAGGCAAACUUACAAACUAGACGGGAACAUUUCCAGCUUAAUGCACUUAAACUUGAGGAAAACAAUAAGAAAUGUAGGAGUGAUAUUAAUGCAUUUGUUGAAGAAAUAAAAAACACAGUCACAGAAAUGGAAGAAAGAUUAUUUAAAGAACUCCAUGAGUUGCAUGCCAAAAAGAAAAAAAUAUUCAACGGUGAGCUUGAUGGGCUAGACAGAAUAGCAUGUGACGUGGAUACAAGAUGGAACUACAUUUCCCAAUUAUUAAAGAGCAACAAAGCAACUGCCUUGCAAUCACAUAAAAAAGCAGUAGCAGUACUUCAAGACAGAAUUAAGGCGUUGCCGGCCAUAGAACUGAAAGAUAAGGGUGAAAUAUAUUUCUUGAAAGAAAGAGAAUCAUUUUCUAAAUUCAAACAAAAUGGAAUUGGGUGUGUUGUCGAAAAUGCUUUAGACUAUUUUAAGAUUUCAAGCACAGCAAUUCUGGGUAAGCAUCACAAUAAUGGAGAUUGUGUCGUCACUGGGAUGUGUUUAUGUGCAGGUGAUUGGAAUCUAAACGUCAGUCUAGGUGAACACCCAAUUAAAGGGUCUCCAUUAAUUAUCAAUGUAGAAAAGGAAAGAUUACAAUCUACGCAUAAUUUAAGAAAAAAUGUAAUGAGUGUUGUAAUGGCAAAUGAUGGAUAUUUGCUAGUUUCAUGUAAAUCUAAUGAGAUUUUCAAAUUGAAAGAAUCAAGUGUUAGAAGCACAAUCAAGUUGCCAGAAGGUGUUAGUGUUCAUAGAAUGAAAACACUGAAAACCAAUGGCAACAUUGUAUUUGGUGAUACAGGUAACAAGUGUAUUACUGUAUGCAAGCCUGAGGGUCAGGUGAUCAAAUCAUUUGGUAAAGGUUUGAUAGGCAUUCCUUAUGGGGUUGAUGUAAAUGAAAAUACUAAUGAAGUUUACGUUGCAGAUUACGUGAAUGGUUGUGUAUUAGUUCUUAGUCUUGAAAAUGGUCAGCUGAUCAAAAGAAUUGGAUCUAAAAGAAAAUGUGAAGGUCAACUUUCUGCAGUAUAUGAUGUCACUCUUACUAAGGAAGGUCAUGUGAUUGUAGCAGAUACAUUUAACAAUAGAAUACAAAUGUUUGACAGAGAUGGUUCAUUCAUUCGAGUUCUAGUACAAGGGGAUGACGACAGUAAAGUGAAACGCCCAUUAGGUGUUGUAAUGGAUGAAGAGGAACACCUUAUUGUAGCAAGUUACCAGAAGCUUCAGCUGUUCACAAAAACCGGAAAGUUCAUCAAAACAAUUGGCCAAAAACAAGAUGGGAUAGAAAUUCCUGAGGGAUUAUGUGUAGUUUCUCAUUAUCCAAGAAGAGUAGCAGUUGCAAAUUGGAACCGAAAAAAUGUUCUAAUAUUCAAUUACUAGUGAGUUAUGUAUAUUAAACUGAGUGAUUCAAACAAUGUUAUUUGUCAAUGUUCAAUAUUGAGGUUUAUAAGUACAAUUUUGGGUGAUCUUAAACAACAAUAAUAUCUGCGCAUGAACCCACCAGGGAUUUUAUUCCAGGAUUCAGACUUGUUAGACCCACUGUCGAAGAUUUUAGACCACCA